UCCCCACUGCUCCCAGGAGCGGUUACCUGGGCACUCUGUGCCCCUUAUUCCUGUCCCAGCCUGGGGCUGAGGACCUGCUGGUAGGGCUCAGUUACUUGGAGCCCGUUCAGCCCAUCCCACAGUUCACUUUGUUUGUGGGAUCUCCCCGUUGCUCCUGUCCCUGGACGGAGUGGCAGGCCAUCGUACAAGCAUCCAGACACUUGGCAUCAGUGGUGUCAAGACAACUCCAAGAAGGUUUUCCGUGAUCCUGCAAGCCCUGUGUUCCUUCCUGGUGAUCCUGCCUUCAAUUUGAUCGUACAGGUACCACAGCAAGCCAGUGCUGUGUGCUCCAAAUUCCAGGGCGUCCUGCAGCUCAGCCACUGCACUGAGCACAAGGAAUCUCUGUGGGGCCCAGGAGCAGGGAGUCACCCCUUUGGGACCCGCAACACCCGGCUGUCCCCAGACUCGUGUCCAGGGAAGAUCUUGUUGAGGGGACCUCAAGGAGAGCGGGUCAGGGAUGCCUGAGUAGGACAAGGACCCCAGAGACCAAGAGAGUCCUGAUGAUCAGAGAAGGGUCCCCAUGGUCACUGGAGAUGCACGGUCUGCAUUUCAGCCCCUGCGGGACAAUGGAGGCCCCUCUCCUUUUGUGCCCAGGCCUGGGCCACUGCAGAGAGACCUCCAUGCCCAGAGGUCAGAAAUCAGAUAUAAACAGAGAUCCCAGACCUCCUGGACGAGCUCGUGCACCAAACGAAAUGCCAUCUCAAGCUCCUACAGCUCCACGGGAGGCUUCCCGUGGCUAAAGCGGAGGAGGACGGAGGGGCCAGCCUCAUCCCACUGUCAGCUGACCCUCAGUUCCUCAAAGACAGUGAGUGAGGCCAGGCCUCAGGCUGUCCCUUCGGGUCACACCCAGUGUGAAAAGGCAGCAGAUACAACACCAGGGCAGACACUCGCCCCCAGGAAUGGCUCCCCCAGAUCCCAGGCCUCUAGACCCCGUAGACGCAAGUUUCCCCUGCUGCCACGCAGGCGAGGGCAGCCUCUGAUGCUGCCACCUCCCUUAGAGCUGGGGUUCCGGGUCACUGCUGAAGACCUGGACCUGGAGAAGGAGGCGGCAUUCCAGUGUAUCAACAGUGUACUGCGGGGUGAGACCAAGGCCAUCUGGGACUGCAGACCCUCCUGGCCUUCCCACACUUUGUCCUCACUUGCAACAGGGACUUGUGGUCUGUCUGCUGUUUCUAAAGCACCCAGGAUGGAUGCACAGCAGGAGAGAGACAAGUCCCAAGAUUCCUGGGGCCCAAUGGCCCCCCUAGCAUCUGCUGCAGAGGCUCCCUCUACAGCACCUGUGUCUGGGAAGAAACAUAGACCACCAGACCCCCUGUUCUUCUCGGAUCCCUUUCCUGCCACUUCUUCCCACUCCCAGGACUCAGCCCAGGUCACUUUGCUGAUUCCUGCCCCCCCUUGCCAGCUGCAAGCAUGGAGGGCAGCAUGAGAAGCCCAAGGCCUGGCA